GCUUGGAAUCCCGACCUCAACAGUUCUCUUCCGGCGGAAAAUGUCAAGCUUGGAGCCCUGUCGCACAACUACACUUUACCCAGAGAGACUGCACCUCGAGCUGCUGUCUGGAGACACCUUCAGCUCACCUAAAGUAGCGGCGGUGGCGGCUUCUCUAGCCUGCGACGUGGAGUAAUUGAAGCUUUCCAGGUAGCUCACGGCUCGCCCCUACCUUUUUUGCCUGGGACAAGGAAUCUUCUGAUGCUGCCAAAUUCGGGUUUUAUUCUUCACGCCGCACGUGUGGGCAGUGCCAGUCCCGGACCCUUUGUAUCCCAGAAAAUUGAAAUAGAAUUGGAGAAGAAAAGUGACCCAUAAUAAUUAAAAAUGUCUCGAAAAGUUGCCAAGCCAUCAAAAACACUGAACAUCUCUAGCUCUCUGGAAUCUGAAGAUAUUAGUUUAGAAACAACAGUUCCUACAGAUGAUAUUUCCUCAUCAGAAGAGAGAGACGGUAAAGUCAAAAUCACCAAGCAGCUAAUUGAACGGAAAGAACUGCUUCAUAAUAUUCAGUUACUGAAAAUAGAGCUAUCACAGAAAAAUAUGAUGAUCGACAAUUUGAAGGUUGAUUAUCUUACAAAGAUUGAAGAAUUGGAAGAGAAGCUUAAUGAUGCACUUCACCAGAAGCAGCUACUAACAUUGAGAUUAGAAAACCAAUUGACUUUUCAACAAAAGGAUGCCAGAAAAUAUCAAGAACUAAUGAAACAAGAAAUGGAAACUAUUUUAUUGAGACAGAAGCAACUAGAAGAGACAAACCUUCAGCUAAGAGAGAAAGCUGGAGAUAUUCGUCGAAGCCUGCGUGACUUUGAGUUGACAGAAGACCAAUAUAUGAACCUAAAAGGUCUUCCGGAAGAUCAGCUUUCUAUUCCUGAAUAUGUGUCUAUUCGGUUCCAUGAACUAGUGAAUCCAUUAAGAAAGGAAAUCUCUGAACUACAAGUGAAAAAGAAAGACCUGGCCGAAGAAUUAAGUGAAAACAAGGGUCAACUGAAACAACUGACCGAGACUUAUGAGGAAGAUCGCAGAAACUACUCUGAGCUUCAAAUUAGAUGUCAACGUUUGGCCUUAGAAUUAGCAGACACAAAACAGUUAAUUCAGCAAGGAGACUACCGUCAAGAGAACUAUGGUAAAGUCAAGAGUGAGCGUGAUGCACUUGAACAGGAAGUAACUGACUUAAGGAGAAAACAUGAAACACUUGAAGCCUCUCACAUAAUUCAAGCUAAAGAAAGAAGUGAAUUAUCAAAAGAGGUAGCCACCUUACAGCAUACUGUUACUUUACUGCAAAAGGAUAAAGAAUAUCUCAACCGCCAAAAUAUGGAGCUUAGUGUUCGCUGUGCCCAUGAAGAGGAUCGUCUUGAAAGACUUCAAACUCAACUUGAAGAAACCAAAAAGGCUAGAGAAGAGAUGUAUGAAAAGUACGUAACAUCAAGAGACCAUUAUAAAACAGAAUAUGAAAAUAAGCUACGUGAUGAACUGGAACAAAUCAGAUUGAAAACUAAUCAAGAAAUUGAUCAACUUCGAAGUGCCUCCAGGGAAAUGUAUGAACGGGAAAACAGAAACCUCCGAGAAGCAAGGGAUAAUGCUGUGGCUGAAAAGGACCGAGCAGUGAUGGCUGAAAAGAAUGCUCUAGAAAAACAUGAUCAGCUCUUAGACAGGUACAGAGAACUACAACUUAGUACAGAAAGCAAAGUAACAGAAUUUCUCCAUCAAAGUAAAAUAAAAUCUUUUGAAAGUGAGCGUGCUCAGCUUCUACAAGAGGAGACUGCAAGAAAUCUCACACAAUGUCAGUUGGAAUGUGAAAAAUAUCAGAAAAAAUUGGAGGUUUUAACUAAAGAAUUUUAUAGUCUCCAAGCCUCUUCUGAGAAACGUAUUACCGAACUUCAAGCACAGAACUCUGAACAUCAGGCAAGGCUAGACAUUUAUGAGAAACUGGAAAAAGAGCUUGAUGAAAUAAUAAUGCAAACUGCAGAAAUUGAAAAUGAAGAUGAGGCUGAAAGGAUUCUUUUUUCUUAUGGCUAUGGUGCUAAUGUUCCCACAACAGCCAAAAGACGACUAAAGCAAAGUGUCCAUUUGGCACGAAGAGUGCUUCAGUUAGAAAAACGAAACUCGAUGGUUCUAAAAGACCUGGAACAUCAAAAGAACCAAGUAACACAGCUUUCACAAGAGCUUGACAGGGCCAAUUCUCUGUUAAACCAGACUCAACAACCUUACAGGUAUCUCAUUGAAUCAGUGCGUCAGAGAGAUUCUAAGAUUGAUUCACUGAAGGAGUGUAUUACCCAACUUGAGAAAGACGUCAGCAAUUUAAAUAAAGAAAAGUCAGCUUUACAGCACAUGAAGAAUCAAAUGGCAUUAGAUUUGGAACAACUUCUGAAUCAUCGUGAGGAAUUGGCAGCAAUGAAACAGAUUAUCAUUAAUAUGCAUAGUAAGCGUUCUGAGGACAACUUGCUUUUUACUAAAAUGGAAUCCAAAACUGUGACAGGAAAUCAGAAAUCAAAGACUUUGAAUGUGCCUAGAGAACAUGAAGACAAUAUAUUUAUACCCAAACCAACACUCUUUACCAAAAAAGAAGCACCUGAGUGGUCUAAGACACAAAAAAUGAAGACGUAGUGUUUUGGAUAGAUUUGCUCUAUCAUUAUUUACUCCUGAAGGUCUUUUUCUGAUGAACAAAAUUUAUCUUAAUCAUGUACUUGACAUUUUUUAAAUAGCUAAUUUAAAGUUUAUUUUAACUGAAUGUUAAAUUAACAAAUUAUCAUAAUAAUCAAACUACAUAAAGUGCAAAUAUUUGGUUUUAUCUAUUUUGUUACAAAAUAAAUAUUGUAUACUCUAUUAUGAUUUAAAUAUUGGAAGUUUCGUAAUUCUUUAAGGCAUUUUAAACAUGUGGCUUAUAAAUAUUUUGAUUAGUUGUUAUAUUGGUGAGUAUUUUUCUAACUAUAUAAAUUUUGAAUUUAAAUGUCAUAACACAAAUACCAAGACACCUUACAAUUUUUAAAUUAAUAGUCAUCUGUGAAGUCUACUAGAAGGCAUUUUAUAUGCCCAAUAAUGGUGGUCAGAUAUCAUGUAAGUGGAUAUGAAUUGCUGAUUCUUUCUUUGGGCUCUGUUUUUUCUUAUAUUUCAUAUUAUUAUUAACCAAUACAAUCUGGUACAAAGUCCGUUAUUCCAUUGGUCAAGUAAUAAUUUGGUGGAAACUGUCUUGUUACUUUGGUCAAAACAGAUGCAGUAUGGACCAAAUAUCUAGUCUGUAAGAAAAAAUCAGUAGCAUUUUCUCUUUUUCUUGUCAUAAAAUAUGCUCCAUUUGUCAUUCAAGAGUUACAAUUUAAAAGAAAGAAGAGGGAUGGAAGAGGAAGAAAAGAAAAAGAAAGAAGUAUAUUUUCAUGUAUCAGAUUUUCUCAACCACUGUUGACAUAGAGGAUGGACAAUUCUUUAUUCAGGACAGGAGUGGGGCAGUUCUUUGCCUUGUGGGAUGUUUGUCAGCAUCUCUGGCCUCUACCACUAGAUGACAGUAGCCACCCGCACCCCCAGCCCGAGUUGUGACAGUCAGAACCCUCUCUGUCCCUCAGGGUCGCACAUCACCCCCGCCUCCUAGUGAAGCACCACUGAUGCGCAAAUCACUGAUUAUCCUGGUAGGUAUGAAAAAAGAAUCUAUCUAAUCACUGUGUUCUUUGAAAGUUUACAGUAUCAUAGGCUAUUAGUUGAGUGUGAGAGAACAGAAAAAGCCUCUGAUAAUAAUAUGCACUUGUAAAUUUACUGUUAGCCUAAAAACCCUAAUCUCAUCCUUCCCUUUUAUUUCGUUUGGAUACAUCUAAAAUACGACUUUCUGCAACAAAGAUUUGUGAAAACAGCCUUUCUCAGGCACGCAUCCUAAAUCCAGAUGCGCUUAUAAUUCAUUAAAACUAAAUUUGUAGCGUAAUUUGUUUCCUUCCAAAAUGCUAGAAGAGAAUGUCUGUUUUAUUUUCACCUCUAGUUAUUAAUCGAAAAGCAUUUUAUAGUUUAGUUCAGUCAACGCUGUUUGUUAUAUGUACGUAUUUUAAUAUAAAGGAAUACUGAUUGAUUAUCCAAGUUAAAGUUAAUGGUGUGGACAAAGGCACAGAAGCAGGAAAAUUUGGAGCUAAUUUUAAAAAUAGAAAAUGCAGUGAUGAGGAAAUUGAGGAAGUCUUCCUCCCUCCAAAUCCCUAUUUUUUUCCCUCUUCCUUUCCUUUCCUUUCUAGAUAUGAAUUACUCCUUUAAAAAAACAUAGUUCUUUCUAUCAUAUCCUACCAUUAAUAAAGCUCAGGAUUAGACUGUGGUAUGAAAUCUUUUUAGAUGACAUUUGUGAAUUUUCUAAUUCAGAUGCCACUCCUUCCAGAAAGUUCUAUCUGUUCUACCAUAGUAAUUUAUAUACUCUGUACUCUAUAUCUCUAAUUCUGCUUACCAUAUUUUAUAAUAAUUGCUUACUUGUCCAUUUCCUUGAAGGCAAGAACUAUUUCUUAAGCUUUUUUUGGUCCUCAGUAUUUAGCACUGUGCCUUGAAUUUAAGCUCUAAAUGUUUAUUUGAUGAAUUUGGGCACAGAUGAGAUACAGUGAUGUAACUAUUUUUUAAUAUAUUAAAAAUAAGUGGGGUUUUUU